AGAACGAGACUCAACAACUGCGAGGCGGUAGCCUUCUUCCUACUAGAAAUCGUGCAGAGAACACCAGCAUGGUUAGUGCCGACGAGCUUUGCGCCCUCCAAGAAGAGAACCUUCAAAUCAGAUCCCAAAUCGCAGACGCCAAGGCAAAUUUACAUCACAUCGACGGGAAUCCCCAGAGUACAGCAAACCACAAUGAGCAACUCAGUCAGCUUUCUGAAGAGGCCGCCCAGAGAGACGCCGAAUACGCGAGAUCGAGAGAAAGGCUCUCGGCCAAAAUCGAGGCCAUGCGUGGCAAAUGCAAGGCGGAGAAGGAAAUGGGAUCGAAGCUACGAGAGUCAAUAUCCGAAGCUGAAACUCAGGUGUCCGAUAUCGAGAGGAUGAAUGAAGAGCAGUCGGGACGCCUCCAAGAUUUAAGGGAUGAUUUGACGAGAGCGCAGGGCUCGGCAGUGCCAUUUGACUUCUGCGCGUUCCUUGGCGAUGUUGGAGGAGAGACAGGAGCACCGCCGACAGUGAGCGUUCCAGCUCCUCAGUCUGCUCUUGUUUUGCCAGAGGCUGUCACCUCCCUAUGUGCUCCAGGUGGCUUUUUGGCUAAGAAGAGACAAGAAGUGAUAUUGUCAUCUACCCGUGCCGGGUCGCGUUGCUUGGUCUUGGCCCCCACGCAUCUCUACAAUCCGAAGUCGAACAACUCAGAAGGUGGAUGGCAGGUGACGGAGAGGGUCUCGCAACCUCCUGAAAACACCGAGUUGUUUUACCGUGAGAACACUACCCACUGGAGCUACCUCGGAACAUUCCAGUUUGUUGCACAAGAAGAACGGUCCCUCCAAGAUUUCGGUCGCAUGGCCAAGGAGGCCAUGCAGGUCAUUCGCGACAAUACAACAUUAUUCCCAGAAAUGAUUCCACCUAUCCUGAAAGGUUUGAUCAGGAACAUGUACGAUUGUGGGCUUCUAAAAGUGACAUAUACUGCUUGGCGGCGGGUCGGAUUCAACGAGGGACUGGCCGAUGCACUACGGGCAACAUUUCAGCCUCCUCGUCUCAUAGGAGAAUCUACUGUAAUACCGGUGCCAAAACCAGGUUCGUGGCUAAAUCACAGAGUUCCAACAAAACGCGAUCGAGAGGAGGAUUUGGGGGUGGGUUCUCACAAGAAAUCCAAGGGCGCGUAACUAGCCGCUAUAGGCGAUAUUCAUGUACCCAAGAGGUCAUGUCAAUCCCGAAGAUGUCUGUUUUGCUCCUAUCAGAUCUAUUACAACAUUACAGAUGUAUUAUACAGUCACAUAUGAUACGUGUUCUGGACCAGAGGC